UUUCAGUUUGCGCAAAAAGAAACAAAACGCGCGCGCGCUCUAUCAUUCUCUCUCUACCAAGUUUUCCCAUUUUGCUUGCCUUGCAUAGGCAUAGUUACAAGCAUGGCUAUAGCUGUGGAAAAUCGUUGGAAAAAAGCCAUGCUUUUACCAUUGCCCGAUGAUUUCCUACGUUUUGAGGUGACCAACAAUAUCUCGGCCGAUGCUCAGGCUGCCAUGGCCCUCUAUCGCCAACAAAUGCCACAAUAUGUGGCGCCCAAUCAUAUGGGCCGUCUAAGUAUUACCUGUGCCCAGGCCAAAUUGGCCCGUAACUAUGGUCUGACACGCAUGGAUCCCUAUGUACGCAUACGUGUUGGCCACUAUGUCUAUGAAACGCACACCGAUCCAAAUGGCGGCAAGAAUCCACGUUGGAAUCGUGUUAUCCAAUCGCAAUUGCCCGUGGGAGUCAAUACCAUGUAUGUGGAGAUCUAUGAUGAGUGUAGUUUCAAAAUGGACGAACUGAUAGCUUGGUGUGAAAUUAAAAUUCCGGAACGUGUGUUUGCCGGCGAAACCCACGAGGAAUGGUAUCCGUUGAGUGGCAAACAGGGUGAUGGUCUUGAGGGUGCCAUCGAUAUUGUUUUGAGUUUUUCCAAUCAACCUGCAGUACAGCCUUAUAUGUAUCAAACAGCAGGAGCACCAUUGCUUAUGGUUCCACCUGGCAGACCAAUGCCAAUUUUUGUGCCACCACCCCAGCAGCAGCAGACGGUAGUUGUACAAGGUGGUGGUGUAGCAGUGCCGCCAACUGGAGUAGCAGCAGUACCCCAACCUCCACCCCAAUUAAGUGCCGAAGAAUUGAAACAAAUUCAGGAAAUGUUUCCCAACAUUGAUACCGAAGUUGUUAAGACAGUGUUCGAAGCGAAUCGUGGAAAUAAGGAUGCUACCAUCAAUUCAUUGCUUCAAAUGAAUGAAUAAGGAAAAUGGCAUGGCAGACCAGAUCAGACCAGAUCCCAAAAGAAGCAGCUCCAAUAAACAAAACCAGAUACAUUAAGUGAAAAAUCAAAUAUUUAAAAAUGUGUGUCUAUGGUCCCUUACCUUUCCCUCGACUCGACUUUCUCAUUCCCCAACUUAUAUAUUGGUCUAUACUAGUGGCGUAUAAUAACCUUUUAGUUAAUCUCUAUACAAAAAUUUCUGAAUUAUACAUAAUAAUAAAAUUAUGAAAAUUAUGAAUUAUGAAAUAUGAA